AUGAUUAGUACUAUCGUUACUACUACGCUACUACUGCAGAGUUUUGGUCAUUUGACAAUCAGUAAUGCUCGUUUGUUUUCGGUUAAACGAUGCUAUCAUGAAUUAGAAAAAGGUCGUAAAUUUUUGCAACAAAUUAAACAUGAAUUACUAAUUGACGAAUAUAAGCGUCAAAAGCAACAUAUUCGGGCCUUAUUGUUAAAGCAAAAUUCAAUUUCAAUAUUUAAUUUUACCACCACAAAAUAUAAUCCAUCCACUUGUUCAGCUUCUGAUAGUAGCAGCAAUAGCGGUGAUACCGAUAAUAAUAAUGAUAAUAAUUAUUAUUAUAGUAAUGAUGGUAUACUUCCUUUGGUUAAUUGGAUCAAUGAAAUGCAUAGCUAUUUAUCAAAUUCAAGAGACACUUGUGAAGGACCAGAAUUCCACAAUAUUACGACAGUAACUAUGCCACAAUUAAAAUCAUUUUUUUCACUAUUCAUAAUUAAUCAUGGCUUACCGCUAUGUUCCAUAUGUGAUCGUAUGCUUGCAAAAGUUAAAAGCAUUCUUUUUUCAACAAAUUCUGCAGGAUUCACUUACACCGAGCAAAUACUUUAUCAAUUUUUUCUUACUCAUAUACCUGCUAUUGAAACGAUUUGUUCAGGAUUGAUACCAGAUUGUUAUCAUUAUUACAAAACAAAUGCAUUAUCAAUAACGCCUGCUGCAAAAUGCGCCCAAUGCAACAUUUGUAUGGCUACAACGACAUAUGUUGAGAAUCGUAUCUUAUUAAAUCAAGCUGUAAUGGAUUAUAUUCACAAUUGGAUCGAAUUUUAUUUGCAUAAAAUUUGCUUAGAAGCUAGUCGAUUAUUUCCAUCAAAAUUUUAUUGGAAUGGAAUUAAUUACACUCAUUGCAGGACAUGGAUGCAUAAAUUUGUUGUCAGUUUGAUAAAUCGUUUAACCAAAAAUAUUUUACCGGAAACAUUCUGUUCUAUGACAUUGAAAUGGUGCAAACCGUAUGAAAUACCAAGCAUUAUUGAUUGUUUGGAAGAAUUUUGCAAUGAAAGUUUUCCGGAAGAAUGGAAACUCACAAUUUGCGGUCUCGUACAUAAUAAUUCCGUCAAUUCGGCUGCCUUUCCUGAAUAA